AAAAUAUCUCGAGAGAGAGAGAGAGAGAGAGGGAGGGGAUGGUGGAGUCUCCGUUCAAGCCCAACAUACUGAAAGGGAAAGUAGCCCUCAUAACGGGUGGCGGGUCGGGUAUCGGGUUCGAGAUCUCAACCCAAUUCGGCAACCAUGGCGCCUCCGUUGCUGUCAUGGGCCGCCGGCGCCAGGUGCUAGAUGACGCCGUCGCCGUUCUCCGUUCAAAGGGGAUUCAGGCUAUUGGUCUUGAAGGUGAUGUUCGAAAACAGGAAGAUGCUGCUAGAGCUUUGGAAACAACAGUCAAGCACUUUGGGAAGCUUGACAUUCUUGUCAAUGGCGCAGCAGGCAAUUUCCUCAUAUCUCCAGAGGAUUUGUCACCUAAUGGAUUUCGAACAGUUAUGGAGAUUGAUUCCAUCGGCACAUAUACAAUGUGUCAUGAAGCUUUAAAAUAUCUAAAAGCAACGGCAGGAAUAGGUCCAUCUACUGGCGGCCUUAUAUUGAACAUAAGUGCUACUUUGCAUUAUACCGCAGCAUGGUAUCAGAUUCACGUCUCAGCUGCUAAGGCUGCAGUUGAUAGCAUUACCAGGUCUCUGGCUCUUGAGUGGGGAACCGAUUAUAAUAUUAGGGUCAACGGUAUCGCACCGGGACCCAUUGGAGGUACUCCUGGGCUUCGAAAACUUGUUCCAGAUGAGGUAUUAGCGAAGAGAAGAGAGCAAAUGCCUCUUUACAGAGUAGGAGAGAGAUGGGAUAUUGCUAUGGCUGCCCUCUAUCUUGCUUCUGAUGCAGGUAAAUAUGUUAAUGGACAUACCAUGAUUGUCGAUGGAGGACUCUGGCUGAGCCGUCCUCGUCACAUUUCAAAGGAAGAUGUCAAAGCACUGUCUCGAGUUGUAGAGAAAAAAUCCCGGGUGACUGGCCUCCCAUCCAAACUAUGAUCUAUUUUUCAUUAGGCAACUAUAAAAUUGUUGUAAUUUUAAGCUACAAACUUUUUUUGUGUUAAUCUAUUAAAAAAAUAAAGGGAAAAAUAGUUGCCCACUUGUGUUGUUGGUUCAUAAUCAUUCAAGCAAGAACUCAUGCAAGUCUGUGAAUGAUGGGGAAAAAAACCCUCAGUUGUGUGCCUGUGGUUGAAGCCUGCUUUUAUAUGGUAUUGAUUUUAGAUGGCCAAUGAUUGUCUCUUAUUUAUAGCUACAGUUUUGAAUGGAAAUUAUCGACCUUUGUUUA